CAUUCAAGUCAACGCGGAGAUCGAAACUUUCCAGUAAAGCUCCGAAUUCCCAGAUACAAAGACGCAAGUGUAAACAAUCGAAAGGGGUGACUAUGACAAACUGUAGACAUUAAUAUUAGCAUCGUAUAUAGCUGAAGUCAUUUUAACGAAUUGAUGAAACGAUGGAAAAAAGGAAACUGAUUACGUACCGAUGGAAGUUUCCGAGUCGACGCGAACGCAGCAGUAAAUUCAACCACACCAGAAGAUGGCAGUAUUAUAAUGUUAGCCAGUUUUAAGCGGUUACAGGCCUGUGUUUUUGUUUCACGUUGACUGUACACAACAGCUGAGGUAUUUGAGGGCAUGGUUUUAUUAUGCUAAAUAUUUUUAUCAUAUUUAAUGAAAUAUGAAAGAGGGUUUUACUUCAAAAUGUAUCGCUGUCAAAAAGUCUCCUUUGGAAUUAGCUAGCAUUAACUACUUAGCAACGAUUAACUAACUAAUUACUUUGCGGUCGCCGGUACAGGUGAUAGACCAAAGAUACAAAGAGAACUGAAUUUAAUGCCCAUUAUGAUUAAGUGUUUACCCAAAGAGGUUCAGGGGAAGCUUCGCUCCGGUGUCGCUAUCCCCUCGCUUCAGCAGUGUGUGGAGGAGCUGAUUUUAAACAGCAUCGAUGCCGGGGCGACCUGUGUGGGAGUCCGAAUGGACAUGGAGGCAUUUAAAAUUCAGGUGAUCGAUAACGGUGCUGGGAUGAGCGCCGAGGACAUGGACUGUGUUGGGAAUAGAUACCACACAAGUAAAUGCACUUCUGUGGCAGACCUGGACAACCUCAGGUGGUAUGGUUUCAGAGGGGAAGCCUUGGCGAGUUUAGUUUCUUUAGCCACACUUGUUGAAAUCUCCUCCCGGACCAGAUCAUCUGUAAAAACACACGUUAAAAUAUUCAAGGAGGGGAAGGGCUUGGAGGUCUUUGAAGCAGAGGCUGCUCGACCCUCUGCGGGGACAACUGUCAUCAUUUGUAACUUCUUCCACAACAUGCCUGUCCGAAGGAAGAGGGUUGAUGCCGUCCUGGAGGGUGAGAGGAUCAGGCACAGAGUGGGAGCUAUUUCCCUGAUGCACCCCUCUGUUUCCUUCACCCUGAAGAAUGACUGCACAGGAGCCAUGAUGGUGCAGCUCCCGAAAGCAAGAAACACUUAUCACAGGUUUGUUCAGAUACACAAUCUCGGGCAAGCAGAGAAGCUGGGAGAAAUGAACCACACAUACAAACAGUUUGAAGUGAUGGGUUACAUUGGCAGAGAGGGGCACUACAACAACAGCUUACAGUUCUUGUAUGUGAAUGAAAGACUGCUGUUGAAAACACGUAUUCACAAGCUGCUGAACGUUCUCCUGCGCCGACUGACCAGUUCCAACCAGAAGAAUGACAGUCCAGAUUGGCAGUCUGUCUUCAGAAGUCCAAAGCACAAGCGAAGCCAAGAUCUGUAUGGAGUGUAUAUCAUCAAUAUUAAAUGCUCUUACUCGGAGUAUGAUAUUUCCCUCGAGCCUGCCAAAACUCUAAUAGAGUUUAAAGACUGGGAUGGCAUUUUGCUCUGUGUUGAAGAAGCAGUGAAAGCUUUCCUGAGCAGGGAGAACUUGGUGGCUGUCAUUACUCAAGAUGACUUGGACUAUGCAUCUCCAAGAGUGUUUGGAACUGACAAAACAGAACCAGAAGAGAAUGGUGACAAAGGUGGCCAAACAGCUAUCAGUAUUUCUACAAUGGACUGUAGUGUUGGCACGAGACUGGCAUCUGAAUCUGUUCAUCGUAAUCACACAGGUGACAGUGUUUCUAAAGAUGGUGUUUGCCUGGAGGCUAGAUUGGAUAAAAGUGAACAACCAGGCCAGAAAAAGAUAAGUACAAAUGAGUUCCAAAAUGUACACAGUGAAAAAGGUUUAAACAAUGAAUGUAGCAAUGAGCUGAUGUCUGAUCUGGCUACAGUGGAACCUUUAUCUUAUAAAAUUAAUAAAGAAGUGGAACCCGCAUAUAGUGAAGCUGGGGAAGGUUCUAAUAUUUUGCAUAUUUCAAGAGAGCUACUUUUAAAAGAAGGAGAUGACAGCCUCAUUCAACAAGCCCAGCCUGCUUUAAAGUACACUGAGAGAAUAGUACCUGACUGUCAGGACACAAGUUGCCAUGCACAGACUUUAGUAAGUAAGAGAAAGAUCAGAUUGUCCGAUCAAUACGUUCAAGAGAGUCUGCAGACUCAGGACCUUUUGCAAAACAAUAGGCCAGUAUUUCAGGAGGAAAGUUUAACAGCAAAAUCUGAAGAAAAAGCUUCUGUUGCAAAGCGCAAAAUCUCAUUAGACACAAGCAGGUCUUCUCAGAAACAAUGCAGAGACUCUUCCUCUGUUGUCCCCUCAAAGAUUUCCAAGAUAAUUUCAUGCCAUAAAUUGUCUGGAUCUCUUGACAAGUUUCGACGAACAUGUGUCAAAUCUGGUGAUCUCGAAUCACAGUUACCCAAGGCUCAUUUGAAGACCGACACUCCUCAGACAGACCACGUUUUUUUGAAUGCAUCAAUUUACCAGGGAGCUCAACAAGAAAAUAAGAUGCAGGACAAAGAUGAUGCACAGAACAGCCUCCAAAGCCCGCCAACUCUCUCUGUUUUCACUAAGAUAAAACCAGAAUCAGCACAGAACCAAGGUAAAAAAUCUUUGGCAGCUAAACUCCGUCAUUUGAAACAACAUGGGACAGAUGAUUCAGAGGUGUCAUUGGAUUUUUCCAGAAACGUCUCAAAGGAUACUAUCUGUGUCAGUACUGGAACUGACAGUAACCAAGAUAGCAAUGAGAUUCCCUGUGACCCUGAGUUCAAUAUGAGGCCAGCCUUAGGAUGCAUUUUAAACCCUGAACUUGCUAUGAAUGAAGAGGAUGCCACAUCGAGCGACUGGCUCCAACACUAUGACGCAUCUGUCGGAAAGACGGUUUAUGUGAACAGAGUGACUGGGCUCAGCAGAUAUGAGGACCCAGCUAUGGAAGAAACUCAAGUGCGCUGCACGUCUGAUGUCACCAAUAUAGCAGUUAGUGUCAUUUCUGAAAUGGGGAUGGAAUACAGGUGUUACCCCUUUCAGGUGGAUCUAGUGUUGCCAUUCCUGCCUAAAUCCAGACCAGAAAGGGUGAUUAGAUCAGGGCCUGAUUGUAGAGGUGAUGUUGAUGAAAGCUCAAACUCACUUUUUUCAUUGUACUCAAAAUGGAAUAAUCCCGUGUUUGUCCGCCCUCCAAUGGUCGGUGUGGAUAUUUCCAGUGGACAAGCUGACGGACUGGCCGUAAAGAUCCACAACGUCCUUUUUCCAUACCGCUUCUCUAAGUCCAUGAUUCACUCCAUGAAGGUUAUUCAUCAGGUGGAUAAAAAGUUUCUUGCGUGCCUUAUUAGUACUAAGGAUGACGAGCUGGUGGAACACACUGAAACUAAAGGAAACCUGUUGGUGCUGGUAGAUCAACAUGCUGCACAUGAAAGAGUGCGGCUUGAAAAUUUAAUUGCAGUCAUAGCUGUUUGUGCUGUCACAGAUUCAUAUGAAGAUGACCCAGAUGCCCCAGGAGAGAGACGCCUGUGUACUUCAACCAUUUUGCCACCUCUUGGGAUCAGUGUAACAGAAGAGGAGAUAAGGAUGCUUAGGUCCUGUCAGCCACAUCUAAGGAGUUUGGGCCUGGAAGUUCAUUUUUCACCGGCAGCGGAUCUAAAAGUGUUUGUCGGGAAAGUGCCAUUGUGUUUUAUGGAAAAAGAGAGUAAUGAGCUGAGGCGAGGAAGACCAUCUGUUAUAAAGCCAAUUGCUGAGGAGUAUCUUCGAGAGCAGAUUGAGCUACUCCGCUCAACAGGUAGAGUGAGAGGAACUUUGCCUCUCACUGUUCUAAAAGUGCUCGCCUCACUAGCAUGCCACGGUGCCAUCAAAUUCAACGACACCCUAAGUAGAGAUGAAUGCUACAGCUUGGUGGCAUCCUUGUCUGCCUGCCAGCUGCCCUUCCAGUGUGCUCAUGGCCGUCCAUCUAUUGUUCCCCUCGUAGACGUCCUUCAUUUGGACAAAGACACGGAAGUCCAGAAACCCAACCUCCGAAAGUUGAGAAGAAUGUAUAAAGCAUGGAAGCUAUAUGGGAAUACUUAAGGGUGUGUAUUUUGUUUUUAAAUGUGUUGUUUAAAAAUUAUUCAUAACUUAUUAAAUGGUUCAGAUAUUCCUGUUUCUUUGCCCAAAUUCUAUGGCUCAAGCUUUUUUCUUGUAAUCUAAAGCAACAGAAAAUCAUUGUAAGAUAUAUACAGCACUGUUUGCCCUUUUACACAUUACUUAGUUUUUUGCAUAUUUUUUACACUAAAUGUUUCAGAUCAUCAAACUAAUUUUAAUAUUAGACAAAGAUAAUCCAACUAAAUAUAAAAUGCCGUUUUCAAUUAAUUAUUUUAUAUGUUAAGGGGAGAAAAGCUAUCCAAACCUCCCUGGCCACAUAUAAAAAAGUAAUUGCCUUGUUAAAAAGUCCCAUUGACCUUAAACAGACCAUUCACGAAAACCCUUCAAUGUGGCUGAAUUAAAACAGUUCUAAAAAGAAGAGUGGGCCAAAUUUCCUCCACAGUGAUGUGAAAGACUCUUUGCCAAUUAUCACAAACGCUUUGUUGUAAUUCUUUCUGCCAAGGGUGACGCAACUACUUAUUAGGAUUAGAGGCCAAUUACGUUUUCACAUAGGCCAGGUACAGUUGAAUAACUUUCUUCAAAAAAACAGCAUUUUCUAUUUACUCUGGUUGUCUUUGUUUGUUCUUAAAAUUUAUUUGAUGAUCUGAAACAUGACAAAUUUGCAAAAACCCAUGAAAUCAAGAAGGGGGAAAUACUUUUUCAGAGGACUGUAAGUAUAACGUAUGUAACAUGAUGUGAGUAACAGUAAGUUUUGUACCCCAAAAAGAGGAAAUACCAAAAUAAACUGAUGAGAUCUCAUGCAUCAUCAGAAAAAAUGAUUAGUAUUCAUAUAAAUGUUAUCACCUUUGUUGUCCACUUGAUGAUCAAGCAUAAUUCAUUCACUUUCUUUUGGAAAUGAUAUUCAUCUUUGCCUUAAAGAAUAAUUUUUCACGCAGCCACUGCUGUCAAACAGCACAAAGAUGAAGCUGAGGAGCAGCAUUAGAAAAUAGCAGCUAAGUAGUGUCAAAACACUAACGCCUUAGUCAGCGUGAUACUUUUAUAGAUGAGUAGAAAGAAAUUGCACAGAGGAGAAAAUGUCUUUAACCCCUUAGUUCAAAACCACACAAGCUUGAUCAUUUUCUGGCACACCCGAUCUCCAGGACAUUUCUGUUUCUUUUUGGAGGUAAAAUACCUGUGGGCAAAAGGAAAAGUACAGAAAUUAUUCUUCAGUUUAAACCGACUUAAAGGUUUGAAUUAAACAGAGGAAGUCACCAAGAUGCUUUAGCUUCACCUCAUAGAGAGGGCCCGGGAUUUCAUUUAUAGUAACUGUAGCUGUCUGCUUCAUAUUACUCUGCCACAAAAUGAACUGAGUACAGAGUUAGCUGUAGUAGUUUGGAUUUUAUGGUGUGGUGCUCAUAAUGUUACAUAUGUCAGUGCUAUGAAAAUCCUUCACAUCUUUGCUUCCACACUACCCAUCAUGUUCAGUUUAACAACUUUAUUCUGGGAGUUUUCAGUCCCUACAAACAUUUUUUGCCUAAUAUGUUACUUUACAGAAAAUUGCUGAUAGCUCAUUGAGAUAUAAUAUAUUUAAAAUAAUAGAUAUUACUAUAAGUAAUUCUUAUAAUUAGUUAAUUCUUUAUGGCACAGAUUCAACAAGGUGCUGGAAACAUUCCUCAGAGAUUGUUGACCAUAGUGACAUGAUAACAUUACACAGGCCAUUUGAGUAUGGGGACACGAGUGUCAUGUUCAAGAAACUAGUUUGAUAUGAUUUAGCUUUGUGACAUGGUGCAUUAACAUGCUUGAAUCAGCCACCAGGAGAUGGUGCACUGUGGUCAUAAAGGGAUGAUCAUAAUCAGUAACCGUACUCUGGUAGGCUGUGCCAUUUAAAUAAUUCCCAGUUGGAGCAAAGGGGUACAAAGUGAAUUAAAAAAACAGCAUUCCCUUCACUAUUACACCAGCAGUAGCCAGAACCAUUGAUGCAAGGCAGGAUGGAUCUAUGUUUUCAUGUUGGUUAUGCCAAAUUCUGAAGUUACUAUCUGAAUGUCGCAGCAGGACGAGACUCGUCAGAUGAGGCAAUGGUUUUCCAAACUUCUGUUGUCCUGUUUUGAUGACCCGGUGCAAAGUUUAGCCUCAGUGUCCCGUUCUUCUGGUGCUGUUAGAAAAUCUGCUCAUGAUUCAACAUGUUAACAUGCUUCUUAGCAUACUUUGGUUAUAACAAGUGCUUACUUGAGUUAUAGUUGCCUUCCUAUCAGCUCAAAGCAGUCUGACCAUUUUCCUCUGACCUCUGGCACCAACAAGGCAUUUCACCCAGAGAAAUGUGGCUCACUGGAUAUUUUCUCUUUUCUGGCUAUUCUCUUUAAACUGUAAAGAUGGUUGUAGAUCAGCAGUUUCUAAAGAAACUAUGACCAUGCCAUGCUUAAAGUCACUUAAGUCUCCUAAGUCACCUUUCUUGCCAAACUCUGAUGCUCAGUGUGAACUUCAGCAGGUUGUCGCCACCAGGUUUCAUGCCUGAAUACACUGAGUUACUGCCACUGUGAUUGGCUGAUUAGAUAUUUGUGUUAAUAAGUAUCUGAACAAGUGUAUGUAAUAAAGUGUAUAAGUAGCCCAUAGCUAUAAACCUCCCUCCCAUAUUGAUAAUAUGUUAUCAAAGCAAAUGGCAGACUGGUUGGCCUGGCUUUCUCUGCUGUAUUAGGUACAAUCACUGAGCUUAAGAAGAUAUGACUGAAUCCUUAACAAUGAUAUCUUAUACCAAAAUGACAUAAUGUUCUUAACAUACUGCAGAUCAGUCUGUCAGUGACUCCUGCUGUGUUUCAGCAUCUGUCUAGUUAUUAAGAAAAUGCUUUAAUACAAUUACAAAAAUAAUCAUGGAGAGCCAUAAUAGUCCUAGCCCUUCUUAAGUGUUCUCUGCAAAAUAAAAAGCUUUAUUUCACUUAAAUGAUGAAGAGUGGCCUAAUUACCUAGUUUGUAAUCAUGUAUUAUGGAAAAAAAAAUAAUAGUAAUUGGAGCGCUAUGUUUAAUUUUUCGGGUGCCUUUGCAGGCCUCCCCGCCUUGCAGCAGCACAUUCUUGCAGACAUGUUCUGGAGUUGGGCGGCAGAGAGACUUGAAGCGAGAGCGCUGUCGGGUACAGUAGGCGCACAGCAUCGACGCGCCGCUGCUCCUUUGUUGUGAUUGGAGUAUCAAGCAGCUGUGUUGCAGACCCCUUCUUCCCCCACAGUUCCGGGUCAUGCCACGUGACUUGCCCGCCCCCACAUGUCCCUCCCAAGUAAACAAUUCAGCAUCAUUUCAUUAUGUCUGCGAACAAUCCCUGAUUCUUAUCUUCAGGGGGAAAAAAAGCCUGAGCUCGACAACAGAUGCCUGUCACAGCUAAAAACUCCCAGCAUAGUCCGCUUUUUAUCAAUGUGAAAUGGCGAAUGGAGAUGAGAUUAGUUUUUGGAUUCGGAUAAAUUAUGGAGCUAAAUAUAAAUGCUAAGCUGCAGUGUGUAUUUUAAAGUGGUCGAGCAAAACGUGUCCAAUUGACCUUGGAAUCAAAUUAGGUUUUAUUGAAGAGGAGCCGUCUCCACCACGGCUCUAUUUCACCUUUGACUAAAUUGAUGCAGCACGACGUUAAGUUUUUAUCGCCCAGGAAAUGGUUACAUAGGCAUAUUUAUAAAUAGACUCGCGUUUUUCAUCCCAUAUUGCAUUAAUAAGAGGCCGAUAGCCAUUUUUGUGAAUGGGAGAGAGAGAGGGGGCUGGUCAUCUUGCGAUGGCUAACUGGUGUAAAUACAAACAAACCAAACGGGAUAAGUGUUAGAUAUCGCUCAUGGAAUGCAUAUAAUGGUGGAUAAAUGUCAACAGGAUGGUCUUUUACACCAAAAUAUGCCUAUGUGGCUGUCAGUCUGACCCCCCCUCCGCGGAUGGUACAGUCUUGGUUCAUUCAUAAAAUUCUAGCAGAGCAUAAAAGGAGGGGCUUGCAUUCUAGUCGUCCAGUUACCAGGUAGACUAUACCUGGAGAAAAGACCCGAGCUGCUCUUCCCCAGCGGAAGGCCACAGUCAUAUCUGUCAUUAACCAGGACUUGUGUGUGUGCGUGUGUGUGAUUUUGCUUUUCUUUCUUUUUUCUUUUCUUUUUUUCUCCUCGUGAUGUAUCAAAACAACCUGACGCCUGACAUGGAUUCAGUCUCCCCCACCUGCCGGGCAGAGUCUCCUGUCGGGACACUCUGCCAGAAGACGCCAGAGGAGGCGAGCUCUCCAGCGUCCUCCACAGAGAGCAAUGCAAAGGAGGUCUGCCAAGACAUGAGCACUGAAGACACUCCAUUUGUUCCAAC